CGACGCGUCACACUGCACGACGACAACAGCAGAUGGCGCGUGUUUACUUAGCGUUGGCCGACAUCUCCCCGUCAUGCAUCAUCGGAACCAACCUGCGAGUCCACGGCGUGGAGUUGAAGCUCGUAGUUUCCCAGAGGCGGGGCUUGCUUCUUCAGGUCCCGCAGGGCCUGCUGGACGGUGCCGUUGACCCCGCCCCCCUGACCCGCGGGCCUCAUCCACAGGACAGGAAGUGGGUGUCGGACCCGGGCCGCCGCCGGGCCCAGCAGCAGGAAGUAGAAGAGCAGACAGCGGAGACGAGGCGACAUGGCGAACGCGUCCACGCCGUUCCUGUGAGACCCACGCUAAUCUGACCACACAGGAUCAAAGGAUCAGUCGCCACGGAGGUAGGAGGGUGGUGGUCUUGGGGGCCGUCUCCAGGAGGAGGCAGGCUAACCUCCCUACAAGGCCCUGGGACUCGAGCCAUUGGCGUGGGGACGACGCGGGUGAGCGGUGGACGACCGAGCUGCAACUUGAGAAACGCAAGCAGAAUGGAGGGGACGCGCAGUCUACUCCUGGGCCUCAUGGCAGCGCUCUGUUUCCAUGGCAACGCAGCACAGACGACAGUGUGCACUCAAGAAGCCGUAGCCGACAUCGUCUUCAUGGUGGACGGGUCCUGGAGCAUCGGCACCAAAAACUUCGAGCAGAUGCGCCGUUUUUUGUCCGAUUUGGUCGGCGGCUUCGACGUGGGCCUCGACCGUGUCCGCAUGGCUCUGAUCCAGUACAGCACCACGCCAAGAAGUGAGUUCCUACUCAACACCUACGAGAACAAGGCCGACAUCCUGCAGUACAUCAGCACGCUGCCUUACAUGGGAGGCGGCACCAACACGGGUCAAGGCCUGGACUUCAUGCUUAGUAAGCAUUUUGUGAAAGAGGCCGGGAGCAGGGCUGCCCAGAAUGUGCCGCAGAUCGCCGUAGUCAUCACCGACGGCAAGUCGCAAGAUGACGUGGAGUCCCACGCCCUGCAACUGAAAAAGAAAGGCAUCAUCUUGUACGCCAUCGGGAUUAAAGACGCAGAUGAAGACCAACUGAAGGAAAUCGCCAACGAGCCGCACGCCCAGUAUGUCUACAGCGUGUCCGACUUUUCUGCUCUGCAGGGAAUUUCUCAGAGCAUCGUCCAGACGCUAUGUACGACCGUGGAGGAGGAGGCCAAACGACAACUUCUGCAGUUGUCGGAAGAAUGUGCAGGAGCCACCGUGGCCGACAUUGUCUUCCUGGUGGACGGUUCUUCAAGCAUUGGCCCUGAAAACUUUCAGGAGAUCCGAGGUUUUCUCCGAAGCGUGGUCUCUGGUCUUGACAUCGGCCCAAACAAGGUCCAGGUGGGUUUGGCGCAGUAUAGCGAUGAAACUUACCAGGAGUUCCUGUUAAAAGAUUACAUGGACAAGAAAUCCCUGCUGGCCGAAUUGGACAAGUUCCCGUAUCGGAUGGGGGGCACGGAGACCGGCAAGGCCAUCGACUUUCUCCUGACGCAGUACUUCACAGAAAGCGCCGGUAGCCGAGCUAGCCAGCGGGUGCCUCAGAUUGCCGUCGUUAUCACGGACGGAGACUCCACCGACGACGUGUUAGUACCUGCUCAGCGCCUGAGGCAGCACGGAGUCAUUGUUUUUGGUAUCGGAGUUGGAGAAGCCAACCGCGCAGAGCUGGAGUCCAUCGCCAACCGACCUUCUGACAAUUUCCGCUUCUUCAUCGAUAGCUUCCAGGCCCUUCAGAGGCUGACUGAGGGUCUGCUGCAAACCAUGUGCAUCUCCAUGGGCAACCAGAGGCAAGCCUUGUCAGAAAAGUUUGCAGACAUUUUCUUCCUAGUUGACAGCGGUGUGAGCCAAGCUGAGUUCCAGCAGGUCAGAAGUGUUCUGGUGCGACUGGUCAACCAACUUAAGUUCGGAAUCUCAGCUCACCGCCUCGGCUUGGCUCAGUACAGCCAAGAUACCAAAGUGGAAUUCUCCCUCAACACUUACGAAACAAAAGAGGACACCAGCGCCGCCGUCAGGCGCUUCCGCCAGCGCAGAUUGCAGCCCAACGAGCCCCGCAAUCUAGGCGCCGCCUUGGAGUACGCCAGCUCGCACUUCUUCACCAGCGAGGCGGGAAGCCGGGCAGACCAAGACUUCCGACAGUUCUUGGUUGUUUUGAGUGGGAAAGACUCGGACGACUCCAUCUACAAGCAGUCUCGCUUAAUCAAGGCGGAAGGCGUGACUGUGGUGGCGCUCGGCAUUGGAGCGUCCAUGCAGCAAAUGCGCGUCGUAGCCACAAGUCCCUACGCGUACCAGUCCAUCGGCAACGCUGUUCCCGCUCUGAAGACAAUUUUUGAAAGCGAAGAGCAGGAGAUCACUCCUACCGGAGAAUGCAAAGGAGCCAAAGUGGCAGACGUCGUGUUUAUAAUCGAUGAAUCAGGAAGCAUCGGAACCACAAACUUCCAGCUGGUACGCACCUUCCUGCACUCGGUCGUGAGAGGCCUGGACGUGGGUCCGUCCAAAGUGCGAGUGGGCAUCGUGAUGUUCAGCGACAAAGCGUUUGCGCCUGUCUAUCUCGACACCUUCAGGGACAAAAACGAGACGCUGAGUUUCCUCAAAAUCCUGCCCUAUCACGGUGGCGGCACAAACACCGGCGCCGCCCUCAAUUUCACACGGGAGCAUGUGUUCACCCAGAAAAGAGGGAGCAGGAAAGACAAGGGCGUCCAGCAGGUGGCGGUGGUGAUCACUGAUGGUAAAUCCCAAGAUGAUGUGAGCAACGCUGCUGCUAACCUCCGCAGGGCCGGUGUCACCAUCUACACGGUCGGAGUCAAAAACGCAAACCAUGCCCAGCUGGUAAAGAUGGCGUCGCACCCCCCCAACAAGCACAUGUUUACCGUGAACAGCUUCGCCAAACUCAAGUCGCUGGAGCAACAGCUGCAGAAGGUUGUCUGCCAUAACAUUCUGCGCCAAGCCGUCACCGUUAAUAUGAGAAGAAGCAGCAUCAAAGAAGGCUGCUUGCAAACAGACGAAGCCGACAUCUUUUUCUUGAUCGACCACUCCGGAAGCAUUUUUCCCACUGACUUUUACGACAUGAAGAAGUUCAUCAUCGAGUUCCUAAAUACUUUUCGUAUUGGGCCGCAGCAUGUCCGCAUGGGCGUCGCCAAGUACGCCGACAGACCAAAUCUGGAAUUUGAUCUGACGGCCUACAAGGACGCCAAAAGCCUGGAGAAGGCCGUUGAGGCAAUCUUGCAGGUGGGAGGUGGGACUGAAACAGGAAGAGCGCUACAAUUCAUGGCCCCACAGUUUGAUCGGGCGAUGGCCACUCGUGGUCAGAAAGUGCCGGAAUAUCUGGUGGUCAUCACCGAUGGGAAAUCUUCGGACGAUGUGAAGGUGCCUGCAGAGAAGCUACGAGCGCAGGGCAUCACCAUUUAUGCCAUCGGAGUGAAGAACGCUGAGAUGGAUGAGCUGCGCGAAAUAUCCGGCGAACCCAAGAGGACAUUCUUUGUCAACAAUUUCGAUGCUCUGAACCCCAUCAAAGACGACAUCAUCACCGACAUCUGCUCCACAAACGUUUGCAAAGACAUACCUGGAGACCUCCUGUUCUUGAUUGACAGUUCUGGGAGCAUUUAUCCACAAGACUACGAGAAAAUGAAAGACUUCAUGAAAUCUGUCAUCGGUAAGUCCAAUAUCGGACAGAAUGACGUUCACGUUGGCGUCAUGCAGUUCAGCACCGUCCAGCAACUGGAGUUCCCCCUCAACCGCCACUUCACCAAGGACCAAAUGUUGAGAGCCAUCGAUGGCAUGCGGCAGAUCGGAGGAGGUACACACACAGGCGAAGCUAUCGCAGCGUUAUCGCAGUACUUUGACGCUCCCCAAGGGGGGCGUCCCAGCGUGAGGCAGAGGAUGGUGGUGGUGACAGAUGGCGAGGCUCAAGAUGAUGUCAAAGUUUCUGCCGCCGCCUUGAGGCGCAAAGGUGUGGUGGUCUACGCCAUUGGGGUGGUGGAUGCCAACACCACCCAGCUUCUGGAGAUCAGUGGAUCGUCAGACCGGGUCUACGCUGGGAGGGACUUUGAUGCUCUGAAGGACCUGGAGAACCAAGUGGCUAUGGAGAUCUGCGAGCCAGAGAGAGAAUGCAAAAAGACAGAGAAGGCUGACAUUAUCUUCCUGGUGGACGGCUCCACCAGCAUCACAUCGGACAAGUUCAGAAGCAUGCAGAAGUUCAUGUCAUCAAUGGUGAACAAAACCACAGUUGGCAAAGACCUGACUCGCUUCGGAGUCAUUCUCUUCUCCUCGGACCCCAAGUCUGUGUUUACUCUCAACCAGUAUGAGUCUAAACGAGAUGUUCUUCAAGCAAUUUUAGCUCUGAAGUCCCCAAAUGGAGACACCUACACCGGCAAGGCUUUGAAAUAUUCCUUGACUUUCUUCAACGCCGAGCACGGCGGCCGGGCAGCCCUCGGCGUUCCUCAGAUUCUCAUGGUGAUCACAGAUGGCGACGCUACAGACAGCAACAAUCUGGAAGAGCCGUCUAUGGCACUUCGUGAAAAAAAAAUUAACGUCUUUAGUAUUGGGGUGGAAGGCGCCAUCAGGAACCAGCUGGAGAUCAUGGCUGGUCAAGACUUAAGCCGAGUGUUCUAUGUGGACAAUUUCGCUGCCCUGGAAACUUUGCACAAGAACAUCACACAAGUUCUCUGCAACUCCACAAAGCCAGCCUGCGAGAAACAAAAAGCCGACCUGGUCUUCCUGAUUGACCAGUCCGGCAGCAUCGACUCACAGGACUACACCAUCAUGAAGAAAUUCACAGCAGAACUCGUAUCCAGCUUUAAAGUCAGCGAGGAUUUGGUACGCGUUGGCCUGGCCCAGUUCAGUGACAUUUUCCAGCAUGAGUUCUACCUGAAUCAGUUCUACACGUAUGAGUCAGUCACCAAAGUCAUCAUGGACAUGAACCAGCGUGGUGGCGGGACCAUGAUUGGACGGGCACUGGAUGCCGUUAGGGGUCAUUUUGAGGCCUCACAGGGUUGCCGAAAGUCGGCCGGUGUUUCCCAAAAUUUGGUCUUGAUCACUGACGGCGAAUCCCAGGAUGAGGUGCAGGACGCCGCGGACCGUCUCAGGGCUCUAGGCGUUGAGGUGUUCGCCAUUGGCGUUGGUAACUACCACAGACUGGAGCUCUUGCAGAUCACCAACAACACAGAAAGACUUUUCACAGUGGAGAACUUCAAUAGUUUGGAAAACAUCAAACAAAAGGUGGUCAGCACAAUCUGCAAAUCCAAAGAUUCCAAAGAUCCUUCAGACUGCAGCAUCGACAUUGCAAUGGGCUUUGACAUCUCUCAAAGAAAGGGCCUUCCUGGAGAGAUGUUGGUCAGCGGCCAUGCCAAGCUCAGGACCUUCCUGCCAGAGAUUGUGCAUUACCUGUCCAUGGUCCCCGGCCUGUGUUGCACCGGCACUGCCCCAAUCGACACCAAAAUGGCUUACAGAGUGGUGGCACCUGACGGACGUCUCCUGUACGACUUCAAAUUCAAACCGUACGACUCCAGCGAUGACAUAGUGACAAAGGUUAUGACUUUAAAUUUGAACGUUCCCACGCGGCUCAACGCCGCCAUGCUGAGGUCCUUCGGCGAGAAAUUUAAGGCAGAUUCCAGAGGCGGCGUGAAGGUUCUAGUGAUCUUCUCAGACGGACUUGAUGAAGACGUGCUGAAACUGGAGGACGAGGCAGAGCAGCUGCGAAAGUCUGGUAUCAGCGCACUGCUGAUGGUGGCCCUCGAGGGGGCGCGAGACGCCGCCCAGCUGCAGAUGUUGGAGUUCGGCCGAGGGUUUGGCUACAAGCUUCCUCUCGACAUCGGAAUGCAGAGUGUUGGCAGCACAAUCCUCAAACAGAUUGACACAGUGUCAAAUAGAGAGUGCUGCGACGUCAUGUGCAAGUGUUCGGGACACGAAGGCGUUCGAGGCUCUCGGGGUCUGUCGGGGUCAAAGGGGCCGUCCGGACAAAAAGGUUACCCUGGCUUCCCAGGGGAAGAGGGCGUCCCAGGAGAGCGGGGGCGUCCCGGACCCAGCGGACCUCAGGGCGUCCAGGGCUGCUCUGGACUCAGAGGACCAAAGGGCUACCGAGGCCUGCGAGGAAACCGGGGCGAGGAUGGAGAAAACGGAUUGGACGGCGUCAACGGCGAGCAGGGCGUGACGGGACAAGCCGGCAGUCGAGGGGAGCGAGGACACCCAGGAAAUCCGGGUAUUCCAGGGAUCCGGGGGGAAGCAGGGCUGCAAGGACAGCGAGGACUGAGAGGAGAUCCGGGAGAAUCCGGUGCCGACAAUACCUUGCCAGGAUCCAAAGGAGACGUUGGCAACCCUGGUUUGCCGGGACAACCCGGGCAGGACGGACGUCCCGGUGAGGUCGGCGUCAUCGGGAACCCGGGUCCGGACGGACGACGAGGUGCCCUUGGGGUCAAGGGAACUGCCGGAGCCCGCGGAGAUCCAGGACUCAGAGGAAGUUCAGGUGCUUCUGGUCCACAGGGCCCUAGAGGGGUGAGAGGUCAACCUGGGCCAAGAGGAAUCCCUGGACUUCCUGGACCACAGGGAGGGCCAGGCUCACCUGGAACAGCAGGCUCUACGGGACGCCGCGGUGGUAUCGGUCAGAAGGGCCAACCGGGAGAUCCGGGACCACAGGGUGUUGCAGGAACGCAGGGCCUGCGAGGGAUGCCGGGUCAGGAUGGGAGGGACGGAUAUGGACCCGCAGGACCCAAUGGCAUCAAGGGAGAUUCAGGAUUCCCAGGCUAUCCCGGUUUAGUGGGCGAAAGCGGCUUUCAGGGACCCAAAGGCCACCCGGGCCGCAAAGGAAAUCAAGGCCGAGGGGGGAACUCCGGCCGUCCUGGAGCCGCAGGUGCGCCUGGAGACCCGGGCUACGCGGGGCAUCGGGGUCUCCGAGGUCUGCCUGGAGGCAAAGGCAUGACGGAAUGUCAGCUGAUCACCUACAUCCGAGAAAACUGUGCGUGCUCCAUUGACAGGAGCGCUUGUCCAGCCUUCCCCACCGAGCUGGUCUUCGGUCUGGACAUGUCUGAGGACGUGACCCCGACGGCCUUCGAGAGGCAGCGUGCGGCACUGCUCUCGUUGUUGGAGGACAUGGCCAUCGCCGAGAGCAACUGCCCUACGGGCGCCCGCGUGGCUGUGGUGGCCUACAGCGCCUACACCAAGUACCUGAUUCGUUUCCACGACUACCGGCGCAAAUCGCAGCUGCUGGACGCCGUGAGGAACAUCGCUCUGGAGCGCACGUCCAACCGGCGGCAGCUGGGCGGCGCCAUGCGCUUCGUGGCCCUCAACGUCCUCAAACGCGUGCGCUCCGGGGCGAUGAUGAGGAAGGUGGCCGUCUUCUUCUCCAACGGUCCGUCGCAGGAUGCCAGCGACAUCGUGACCGCCGUAAUGGAGUACCGGGCCCUCGACAUCGUGCCGGCCGUAAUCUCCCUGAGGAACGCCCCCGCCAUUAGCCGCGCCAUGGAGCUGGACGACACAGGGAAGUCCAUCUUCACCGUGCUGGGCAGGGACGCCGCCGCCGACCUCAGGAGGGUGAAGAACUGUGCUGUUUGCUACGACCCCUGCAGGCGGGCCCAGGAGUGCGUCUUUAUCCAGGAGACGCCGCAGCCGCAGGAAGUGGACGCCGACCUGCUCCUGGUCGUGGACAGUUCCCGCGAGAUACAGGCCGACGAGUACGCCGGCGCCCAGCAGCUGCUUGGCUCCGUGGUGGAACAGUUGGCCGUGAGCCCGCAGCCCCGCCAGGCCGGCAACCGAGCCCGUGUGGCCGUCGUCCAGCAGAGCGGAACCCGGGACACCAAGGUGGAGUUCGGGCUGCAGGCCUACCAGAGCCAGCAGCUGAUGAAGACACACCUGCUGCGCACCAUGCAACAACAAGGCGGCGCGUCGGCACUCGGGCACGCUCUGGAACUGAGCCUGAGGGAGGUGCUGCUGAAGGGUGGCGCCGCCCGCAGAAAGAAGGUCCUGCUGGCCGUGGUCGGCACCCAGACGGCGUUCGAAGACCGCGACACGCUGCGCUACGCCUCCCACAGGGCCAAGUGUGAGGGCGUGGCGCUGUUUGUCGUCACGGUCGGCGAGCGCUACAACCGCACGCAGGUGGAGGAGCUGGCCAGCACCCCCACCCAGCAGCACCUGCUACACUUGCCCCGCCUCCAAGCCCUCGAGCAAGACUACGCGCGCCGCUUCUUCAGGGUCUUCAUGUCCGCACUCAACAAGGGCGUGAACACGUACCCGCCACCAUCUUUGAAGCGGACCUGUAGAGAUGGAGGGCAGGUCGUGGACGGCGGACAACAGUUUGUGGAGGAGUUUGCCGACCAGCCAAAGGAGAAGGAACUGUUCCAGGAGCAGACGGGGCAACUGGAUGCCGUCGGCAUGCCGACCGCCGCAGGCUCCGACGCCUGCUCCCUGGGCCAGGACACAGGCGCCUGCCAGGACUACGCCAUGAUGUGGUUCUACCACGCCCCACUGAACCAGUGCCAGCGCUUCUGGUACGGCGGCUGCGGCGGCAACGCCAACCGCUUCCACACACAGGAAGAGUGCGAGGACCUCUGCGUGAGCCAGACGUCCUGAAGAGGGCGCCGCCGCCAACGUGAACUUUUACACUUGAAAAAGAUUUAGUUGAUGCGGCGUGUGUUGGUAGCAAGUGUGUCAGCCUCGCCGCAUGCUAGUCUGACCUCAAAUGUCAUACAUGUCCUUCACCCGCCAUCUACCUUCUCUCUGAUGUCGUAGUAGUGCUGGUAUUAUUAUUGUUGGUGUUGUUAUGGGGAACAUUCAUUCUAAUUAUCAAUAGUCCGCCCAUUUUGUGCUCUGUCACGCCAAAUUUCUUCCCCUCCUACACAAACCUUCCCCCCCCCCGUUUACUACCAGGGUCAUGAUUAAUACAGACGUUUUGUUAACGCUGUAUUUGAUUGAUUGAUACUUUUAUUAGUAGAUUGCACAGUACAGUACAUAUUCCGUACAAUUGACCACUAAAUGGUAACACCCCAAUAGGUUUUCAACAUGUUUAAGUCGGGGUCCACGUUAAUCAAUUCAUGGUAUUAUAAAAAUAUAACGCUAUAUUAUAAAAAUACAGACGUUUUGUUAACGCUAUAUUAUAAAAAUGUAACUCUAUAUUUGAAAAAUACAGACGUUAACGCUAUAUUAUAGAAAAAAAAUUAAAUUAAAAAAACAAUUUACACGGUGGCAGAGGGGUUAGUGCGUCUGCCUCACAAUACGAAGGUCCUGCAGUCUAGGGUUCAAAUCCAGGCUCGGGAUCUUUCUGUGUGGAGUUUGCAUGUUCUCCCCGUGAAUGCGUGGGUUCCCUCCGGGUACUCCGGCUUCCUCCCACCUCCAAAGACAUGCACCUGGGGAUAGGUUGAUUGGCAACACUAAAUUGGCCCUAGUGUGUGAAUGUUGUCUGUCUAUCUGUGUUGGCCCUGCGAUCAGGUGGCGACUUGUCCAGGGUGUACCCUGCCUUCCGCCCGAUUGUAGCUGAGAUAGGCGCCAGGGCCCCCCGCGACCCCACAAGGGAAUAAGCAGUAGAAAAUGGAUGGAUGGAAUUUACAAACACAAGCUAUGGGAUGGCGCAUUUACUUCCGGGGUCACAUUUCCUCUAACGUCAUCCCAUAGUUUGUGUUUGUAAAUUGUUUUUUUUAUUUUUUUCUAUAAUAUAGCGUUUAAUAAAACGUCUUUAUUAAUCAUGACCCCGAAAGUAAAUGGGGGGGGUUUUGUAGGGGGAAGAAAUUUGGCGUGACACCUCCCCAUUUUAAUCCCAUUCAAACCAUUGAGAAAUGUUUUCCCAUUCAAAAUGAAUAGCCAAUUAAAAAACAUUUUUAACAUUUUCCAUAUUUCUCAACAGACAAACUAUUCCAAAGUUAAAAUGCUCCUUGCUAAUGUUAGUCAAUUAGUAGCAUGCUAACAUUACACUGUGGUACUUGCCACAUGCUAACUGUUAGCAUGCUACAUUUUUAGCUAAUGUCACAGUUAUACACACCAGUCUUUUACUUUGGUACUUGAUAGAUUCUUACUGUUACAAUGCUACCUUUUUUUUGUUGUUAUUUUUGAAAGAGUCCUACAUUUUGGUACUUGAUGCGGUUUAUUUUUAUCUGACGCCAUCUGGCUAACGGUUAAAAUUUCCGUUCGACUUUUGAGCAUUGAGAUGUCAAUGGUUAGCAUGCAUGUAUAUUUCAGAUAUACACCUCAGUCAUAUUUUGGUGCUUGACAAUGUUUACUGUUACCACGUUAACCAGGCUAAUGUUAGCAUGUUACCUUUUUCAGGGUUUUUUUUUUAAGAGUCAUACAUUUUGGUACUUGAUGCAUGCUAACCGUUUAUUUUAUCUGACGCUAUCUGGCUAGCGUGCUAACCGUUAACAUUUCAGGUCGGCUUUUGAGCAUUUAAAUGCUAAUGGUUAGCAUGUACGCAAGCCAGCUUUUUUUACCCAAUUGUUCAGAUAUACACCCCAGUCAUAUUUGGGCUUUUGACACAUUUUAACUGUUACCAUUUUACCUUUUUGAAGAUUAUUUUGAAAGAGUACAUACAUUGAAAAUGCCUUGACCCAUGCUAGGUUUUUUGUUUUUUUAUCUUACACUAUCUAGCUAGUGUGUUAACAUUUCAGUUUGGCUUUUGACAAUCCAGAUGCUAACGGUUAGCAUGUUAGCGUUUUUAGCCAAUUUUUCAAAUACACACACUUCAAUCAUAUUUUGGUGCUUGAGACAUGUCUACUGUUAGCAUUUGAACUUUUUUGAUACUUUUGAAAGAGUCCAACAUUUUGGUACUUGACACAUGCUAACACUUAUUUUUUUAUCUGACGCUAACUGUUAACACUUCAGCAUUCAGAUGUUAAAGGUCAGCAUUUAAACAUGCUAAAAUUAGCAUGCUAGCUUUUUUUGGACAAUUUUUUAGCUAUACACACCUCGGCCAUAUUUCAGUACUUGACACAUGCUUACUGUUAGCAUGUUAAAAUUAGCGUGUUAGCUUUAUUAGCUAUUUGUAAAUGUACACCCCCGGUUCAUACAUUUUGCUACUUUGAGACCCGCCCUUACUGUUGCUUUUUAUUACCUGAAAUGUCGGUUUUAGGUUUUCAGCAUUCACACGCAUUCUCUUAGGAAAUUGCAUUUUGUAGUUAUUAAUAUCCCAACAUCACACCUUUUUAAACAAUUCUGUACAAAAAAAAAGUAUUUUCUAAUGAAAUCCAUUUGACUGCCAAACAAUAAAAAGUUGAGUCAA